AUGAGAGAAUACUCCAAGAUGUUUUGCUCUCCAAUAGGUGUUUUGGGCUUUGUGACCCUGUUUCUCUCUCCCAUUGCUGCUGCCACCGCCGGUCACCCCCACCACAAACAGCAGGUGGGAGAUAGGAUUACGAAGCUUCCCGGACAACCGGAAAGUGUCACAUUCUCUCAAUACUCCGGCUAUGUUACCGUGGACAAGGCCAUGGGCCGGGCUUUAUUCUACUGGUUAAUCGAAUCGCCGGCUGGUAAGAAGCCCACAUCAAAGCCACUUGUUCUGUGGCUCAAUGGUGGACCUGGCUGCUCAUCUGUGGCCUAUGGGGCCUCUGAAGAGGUGGGCCCUUUCAGGGUUCAGCCGGAUGGAUUGACGCUGAAAUUGAGUCCCUAUGCUUGGAACAAAGUGAUGGUUUUGGUCAUGCAGAGGCCAACUUGCUCUUCCUUGACUCACCGGCUGGUGUUGGCUUCUCCUACUCAAAUACUUCAACCAANGGGCUUUGUGACCCUGUUUCUCUCUCCCAUUGCUGCUGCCACCGCCGGUCACCCCCACCACAAACAGCAGGUGGGAGAUAGGAUUACGAAGCUUCCCGGACAACCGGAAAGUGUCACAUUCUCUCAAUACUCCGGCUAUGUUACCGUGGACAAGGCCAUGGGCCGGGCUUUAUUCUACUGGUUAAUCGAAUCACCGGCUGGUAAGAAGCCCACAUCAAAGCCACUUGUUCUGUGGCUCAAUGGUGGACCUGGCUGCUCAUCUGUGGCCUAUGGGGCCUCUGAAGAGGUGGGCCCUUUCAGGGUUCAGCCGGAUGGAUUGACGCUGAAAUUGAGUCCCUAUGCUUGGAACAAAGAGGCCAACUUGCUCUUCCUUGACUCACCGGCUGGUGUUGGCUUCUCCUACUCAAAUACUUCAACCAAUCAAAUUACUGGGGACCAGAAAACAGCCAAAGAUGCCUACACAUUUCUUAUCAAAUGGUUUGAAAGGUUCCCUCAGUACAAGCACAGGCCAUUCUACAUUGCUGGGGAAAGCUAUGCAGGUCAUUACAUUCCUCAGCUAUCCCAAAUCAUAGCCAGAUUCAACAAGGGUAUCCACAACCCUAUUAUUAAUUUCAAAGGAUUCUUGUUGGGCAAUCCACUUAUUGAUGAUUAUUAUGAUAACAUUGGAACAUUUGUAUACUGGUGGAGCCAUGGUUUGAUCUCAGACUCUACAUAUGAGGCACUAAAUAAUUCGUGUCCUCAAGAUUCAUUUCUAUUUCCACGAAAAAAUUGUAACGACGCUCUUAUGAGUGCCAUAUCGGAGUUUGGAGACAUCGAUCCUUAUGGUAUUUACGGCAGUCCUUGUUUGGAUCUCGGGACCACACUUCAUCACAACUUAAGAUAUCCUUUGCCAUCAUGGACUUUCGGAGGGAAUGAUCAAUGCAUUGUGAAGUACACGAAAACGUACAUGAAUCGUCUAGAGGUGCAAAAAGCUCUUCAUGCAAACGUUACUCGAAUUCCUCAUCCUUGGAUGCCUUGCAGCGAUGUUAUAAGGAGUAGUUGGAGUGAUUCUCCCAGAUCAAUGCUUCCUAUCUUUAAAGAACUCAUUGCAGAUGGCCUCAGGAUAUGGGUCUAUAGUGGUGACACUGAUGCUGUUUUGCCUCUCACUGCUACACGAUAUUCCAUCAAAGCUCUAAACCUCAGGACCACUACAGAUUGGCAUGCCUGGUAUGACAAUCAACAGGUUGGUGGGUGGAGCCAAGUGUAUGACGGUCUGACCUAUGUGACAGUGAGGGGAGCAGGGCAUGAAGUUCCACUAGGUCGCCCUCGGCUUGCACUGACUUUGUGCCAGGGGCACUACUGGACGAUCUGGGCAUGCGAUGCGGGUGGUGCCAAGGCGAGUGAGGAUAUAGGCGCUACGGCGAGGGCGCCUGAUAUGCCAGCGAGGGAGCCUGAUGUUCCAGCAGGGGUGAUGUCGGGAGCUAGGGGCACUAUUAAAUGA